AUGAAGCUGCAGUUUGCCUUAGCAGUAAUUGUCGCUGUUGUGUCAGAAAAUCUCUCAGAUGCCCAUGACGUUGGCGAACACCACAAUGCUGCUGAACAAAAUCAGCAACCCAACAAGCCACAACAACCCCGUGAGCAUCAUCCGGAAACAAAUAUGCAUCCCAAAAAGUUCUACACUGACACUCGAGGCAAGCCUGAUAAACGGGAACACACCAAGACCCGCACUAGCGCGACAAAUACAAGAGCUGAUCCAGAUACCAAUGAAAUUCGAGGCAAACGCGAUGACACCAAGACAAGAACAGGAACCAAGACGGCGGAACAUCAGAGCAAGGCACGUGCGCAUGCUGCCCGAGUUGAUGAUGGGCCUUCUAUGAUUGUUGGUGGAAACCAAGCUGAUGUCGCAGAAUAUCCGUAUUAUGUUGAUAUGGAUGGAUGUGGAGCUAGUUUGAUUGCUCCUGGAGUUGUUCUCAGCGCUGCUCAUUGCGAUCCGGAUGACUUCACGCAUGUUGGCCAGACAGUGAUUGUUGGAGGGUACGAUCGUCAACAAGUCACGAAUGGUGCUGUUAGAGCCACUGUCACAGAGACGCUGAUGCACCCUUCUUGGGAUCCUUGGGGUGGAAUGUCAUAUGAUUUCAUGUUAUUGAAACUAGACAGCCCAGUGACGACAUCGGGAUCCGUCAAGCUCUCUUUGAACUCGGAAAGCACGGUUCCAUCCAGUGGACAACCAUUGACCGUAGUGGGGAACGGCGACACAGAAGAGGAUGGGAUUCAAUCCGAUGUUCUUCUGGAAGCUGAAGUACCUGCCAUCAGCACUGUUACAUGCAACGGUCCAUAUGAUGGGGAGAUCGUGGACGAGGUAAUGUUUUGCGCUGGUGGCAAUGGUAAAGAUACUUGCCAAGGAGACUCUGGCGGUCCAAUUGUGGUCAGAAAUGGCAAUAUCCACACCCAAGUUGGAGUGACCUCUUGGGGCCAUGGCUGCAAUAGACCUGGAAUCCCAGCCGUCUAUGCUCGUGUUAGCAGCGUGAUGAACUGGAUUGCACAUGUCACCUGCACAUGCUGGGGCGUCAAUGAUGAAACCAUUUGUAGUUUCUUGGAUUCUAAUGACGACUUUACGUGCGAAGAUGUCGAAAGUGCUGGUGGUGGAAUUGGAGGAGGCAGCGGUCCUGGCGGCUGUGAAGUCAUUUCUGGAUGGACCGACGACUACGGCGACGGCUGUCAUUGGUAUGAGGCCAAUGAUGUAGAAGGGUGUCCCGAAACUGGAAACUUGAUUGGAAUUGGAGAUAAAACUGCUUGGGACGCCUGCUGUCAUUGUGAGGGUGGGGGGCCUAGCGGGGGCAGUGGUGGAAGUGACACCGCGGGCUGUCAGCUUAUUUCUGGAUGGGUCGACAGCGCUGACGAUUCUUGCGGGUGGUACGAGGCAAACGACGGAACUGGUUGUCCAAACUUUGGCUAUAUUGCUGGAACCGGCGGCCAUACGGCAUGGCAGGCAUGUUGUCACUGUGAGGGUGGUGUAAGCGAUGUCAACCCAGGUUGUCAACUUGUUGCUGAUUGGACUGAUGCAGCAGGCGACUCGUGUGGUUGGUACGAGGAAAAUGACAGUGAGGGCUGCCCGCUUUACGGUAACACUAUGGGCACUGAUGGAGUCUUGGCGUGGAGUGCAUGCUGCCACUGCGAGGGCGGCGGCGCCGACUUCUUUGGAUGCCAGCUAAUUUCGGGAUGGAUCGAUGAAUACCAGACAUCUUGUGGUUGGUAUGAGACGAAUGAAACUGCGGGCUGUCCAUUCGAGGGGGAUGUCGUGGGUACAGGUGGAGCGACCGCCAACGAAGCGUGUUGUUUUUGCGCUGGAACGGAUGGCGAUGGCCAAGGCAACGAUGGUGUCGUGAAUGUCAUUUCCGACCCGGUUACUAGUGGAAAUAACAACAGCACUACUAGCAGCGGCAAUGCAUUAGUUGUUUCCAUUGCAACUGGAUUAGCAUCUCUGCUGUUGCUUCUUGGCAGCAUUGCAGGAUAA